GCUUAUGCAUCAGGACGCGACUCAUCUGUUAGCAGCUUCCCAGUAUGCGGUAGAAUAAGAAAGCCCACUUAAUCAAAGAAUGCGUUACACAAUGCCUUUAUUCCUCAGAGAGCGCACAGUUAAUGGCCGGGCCUAACAAUCAUGCAUCUCCCCGAGACGGCGAGCUUUGAAAGCUCCAGAAGGCAUUUCCUAGGUCAGAAUGUUUCCCACGCGAAAUCGGAUGGGAGGAAAUCGGAUGAUAAGACGGCGGGCGAAUACGUGGUCAACCAGGUGCUCGUCCGCGGCCUUCCGCGUGUCGAUCUUGUCCUUUCGCGCGGUGGUCAAGUCGUACUGCAUCGUCUCCAGGGCGUCCAGGGCGAGCGCCGCCUGCCUCUUAAGCGCGCCCAGGAUGCGAUUCGCCUGAGCGCGGACCAACUGCGCCUCGGCGGCCGCUGCCUGCGCCUCGGGCGUCUUGAGCUUCGCGGCGCGGCGCGCGUAGUACGUGGAGUCGGCGGUGGCCUCUUUGGCGAUCUGGGUCUGUUCGGCGACGAGCGAAUUAGCGAGGUCCAGUUGCUCCUGAGUGGGGACGAUGUCCGUUUCCAAGGCCGCGGUGUCGGCGAUCGCCUCCGCCGCUUGCUGCUCCAGCUCGUCAUGGUAGUCCUGCUCCGUCUGCAGUGCCCCCCUGAACUUGAUCAUUUCCUGACGCGCUUUCUCGGCCUUGGCCCUCGCGUCGUCCAGCUGCUUCUUCGUAUUCGCGAGAUUCGUCUGCGAGGCAUUCAAAGCGGCAUUCGCGUCGUCGAUGAGUUUCUGAAUCGCCUGCUCCGCCUUGAGCUUGCUGUUGUAUUCCGCCAGCGCUGCGGUCGUCACCGCUUCCGCGUCGUUAGCCGUCUUUCGGGCCGCCGCAGCCUUAAUGGCCAUGUAAGAUUGGGCGUUCGCUCCUGCUGAGAAAGUUGACACGAAAAAAACAGCACACGCGAGCGACAGGAAGAAAGCGUUGAAACGACCCAUGGCUAGUACUGUUUUCGUCGGGUCUGGGGAGUUCGGGUCGAGUAGAGCUGAAUAAAGAUGGAACUAGACGUUGGGAUGUUUGAGCUUGCUGGUAUUGCGAUCUAGAACGGAAGCUAAAAUAUACCAUCCGCAAUGCG